AUGUCGGACUUGCUCCUGCUGGGCCUGAUUGGGGCCCUGACUCUGCUACUGCUGCUGACGCUGCUGGCCUUCAUCGGGUACUCAGGGCUGCUGGCUGAGGUGGCAGUGCGUGCUGGCUCACCCCCUAUCCGAAAUAUCACUGUGGCUUAUAAGUUCCACAGAGGGCCCUAUGGCAAGACAGGGCACCUUUUCACCGAGAGCUGCAGCAUCUCUCCAAAACUCCGCUCCAUUGCUGUCUACUACGACAACCCCCAUACGGUACCUUCCAAGAAGUGUCGCUGUGCAGUGGGCAGCAUCCUGAGCGAAGGUGAGGAGUCGCCCUCCCCUGAGCUUAUCCAUCUCUACCAGAAAUUUGGCUUCAAGGUGUUCUCCUUCCCGGCACCCAGCCAUGUGGUGACAGCCACCUUCCCCUACACCACCCCUGUGUCCAUCUGGCUGGCUUCCCGCCGUGUCCAUCCUGCUCUGGAUGCUUAUAUCAAGGAGCGGAAGCUGUGUGCCCACCCUUGGCUAGAGAUCUAUCAGCAAGACCAGAUCCAUUUCGUGUGUCCACUGGCACGGCAGGGAGACUUUUAUGUGCCUGAGGUCAAGGAGACGGAUAGGAAAAGUCGGGCACCUAUGGAGGCACUGACGGAUGGCACAGGAGCUGACACAAGUGACUCGAGUUCUGUAAGCCUGGAGGUGGGGCCCAGUAGCCGGAAGACUUCAGCUGCCACACUAUCCCCUGGGACAAGCAGCCACGGAGGCUGGGAUGAUGGUGAUACCCGCAGCGAGCACAGCUAUAGCGAGUCGGGCGCCAGUGGCUCAUCCUUUGAGGAGCUGGAUCUGGAGGGCGAUGGACCCCUGGGGGAGCCAUGCCUGGACCCUGAGGAAGAGCACCUAGGGGCUGACAAGUGGCCUCGAGAGCCCAGUACCCCUGAGAAGGGUGAGGAGUGA